UAUGAUAAAUAUGACUUUGUUUUGAUGCAUGUGCUUAUAUAUUUUGAAUAUAUUCGCAAAUCAAAAUACUUAAAGCUAUUAAAAGUUAUAGUGCAAUAAGCUUAUUAGAAUGGCAUGUAACGAGAUUAUAGAUGAUAUUGAAGAUCUUAUAUCUGCUCAAGAUAUAACACCAAAGGAGAGAUACAGUAACAGAAAGGCAGUAAAAGUUAAAGCAAAAAAGAGGACAGAAAAUGAAGUCAAUGCACCACCAAUUGUUGGAGAUGUACCUGGAACACAGACAGUUUAUGUUAAGACUUGGGGAUGCGCUCAUAACAGUUCAGAUUCAGAAUAUAUGGCUGGACAAUUAGCAUCUUAUGGUUAUAAAUUGACUCAGGAGAAGGAUCAAGCAGAUUUGUGGUUAUUGAACAGUUGUACUGUUAAGAAUCCAGCUGAGGAUCAUUUCAGGAAUGAAAUUGAAUCUGCUAAGAAGAAAGGAAAGCAUGUAGUCUUAGCUGGAUGUGUACCACAAGGUGCUCCAAAAUCUACAUUCUUGCAGGGGUUGAGCAUAAUUGGUGUGCAACAAAUUGACAGAGUUGUAGAAGUUGUUGAGGAAACACUUAAAGGCAAUACAGUCAAGUUGAUGGGGACCAAAAAAGCAAAUGGUAAAAAAAUUGGAGGUGCUUCUUUGUUACUACCAAAGGUCAGAAGGAAUCCUCUCAUUGAGAUCAUUGCUAUAAAUACUGGUUGUUUGAAUCAGUGCACCUAUUGUAAAACCAAACAUGCUAGGGGUGAUUUGGGUAGUUACCCACCUGAAGAGAUUGUAGCUAGGGCUGAGCAAGCUUUUACACAAGAUGGUGUUGUAGAAAUUUGGUUAACUUCUGAAGAUACUGGCACAUAUGGUAGAGAUAUUGGUACUAGUUUACCUGACCUACUUUGGAAACUGGUUGAAGUUAUUCCAGAAGGCUGUAGAUUAAGAUUGGGUAUGACUAAUCCACCUUACAUUUUGGAACAUUUAGAGGAAAUGGCUAAAAUUUUGGCACACCCCAGGGUGUAUAGCUUCUUACAUGUUCCAGUACAAUCAGGAAGUGAUUCUGUCUUAGGAGAUAUGAAAAGAGAAUAUUGCAGAGAAGACUUUGAGCAUGUAGUUAACUUCUUGCAAGAUAGGAUUGAAGGGAUGACGAUAGCAACCGAUAUAAUUUGUGGAUUCCCAACUGAAACUGACAAAGAUUUUGAAGAUACUAUGUCCCUAUGCGCAAAAUACAAGUUCCCGAGUUUGUUUAUAAAUCAAUACUUUCCAAGACCAGGUACACCAGCAGCGCUUCUGCCAAGAAUCCCGGCGAAUGAAGUGAAAACACGCACAAAGGCAUUGACCGAUUUGUUCUAUACCUACGAACCAUAUGGACAUAAAGUUGGAGAAACUCAGGAAGUCUUGGUUACCGAAAUUUCUCAUGAUAAGAAACAUUAUGUUGGACAUAAUAAAUUCUACGAGCAGGUUUUGUUACCGAUGGACAAGGAAUUCAUGGGAAAACUGGUUACGGUGAAAAUUGUAGAAGCUACGAAGUUCUCGAUGCUGGGAGAACCCGUCGAUGAAGUCGUGAUGCCCGGUUUGGUAAAACCAUUGGAGAAAGGACAAGUUUCUGGCGUGCAAAAAAUUGAUUCGAAUAAUGAAGAUACUGACAUGCGUAUGCAUUAUGUCGUUAUAGUAGUUUUAGUUUCUAUACUAAUUAGAUUGAUAUGGUUGCUGUUAUAAGACUUAAAUUUAUAUCAUAUUAAAAUAUAAAUUUACAUGC